ACUUUCAGAGCAGGAAGCUCCGUGUGUCUACGUGCCUUCCAGCUCGUAACCACCACCACUCCUCCUCCGGCACUAUAUCAGCCGGCCUCACAAGGCGUCAGCGACUCCUCGGUGAGGCAUCAGCGGCAACAGGUAUUUGAGGAAAUUUAGCAAAAAUGGGUGGAUUCUUACAAAUGUUGAGAAAGAAAAAGGAGCUGAUCCCUCUGAUAGCGUUCAUGGGGUUGGCUGCAGCAGGAGCCACAUCCGCUGGUGUCUACUUUCUAUUUACUAAACCUGAUGUUAUUUUGAAUAGGAGCAAAAACCCCGAACCUUGGGAAAGACUGGACCCGUCGAAACCCCAAAAGCUCAUCACGAUCAACCAGCAGUGGAAACCAGUGGACGAGCUGGAGUACGUGAAGAGUCUCACCAAGUAAGAGGAGGCGGAAUUAUCCACAGUCUGAUCGGAUCCGGAUCCCCCCCCCCCCUCCUCCUCCUCCUCCUCCAGCUCCCCCACACGCACUCACACAAACUCCCCAUCAGUCUAACAGAAUCCUUUCUGCACAAACUUUGCUUUGACACUCGGUGUGCGGAAAUGCUUCUGCUCCACUGGUGGGGUUUCACCUCAUCCACAACGGCAGAAAGCCACGCUGAAGGAUACUGAAAGCUCUCAUUUACUCUGUGUCCUCUUAUUGUAAACGGCAGUGUAUGAAUGUGAACUCGGUUGAUUAAAUAAUGUUCUCAUAACGGGCUCAAUAAAUUAUUAUCGUCAA